AUGUCUUCCAACAAGAGAAGGUUCAUGAAAGCCCUAUUCAAAUCAAAAGGAAGCUGCGGGUGUAGCAAACCGAAAUCAUCUGAAGUACAAGAACCCACCCUAAAACCAAGAAUCUCCAUUUACCAAAACACAAACCCUAGCAGCAGCCUCAAUUCAUCCACCACUUCCGGCGACCGCAACGGCGACGACGAAGACGAAGUCUUCACCUCCACCACCAUCUCCGAACCCGACACAAACCUAAACCACUACAAGAGCAAUAUCAUGAGCGCGAAACUGGUGGACAGCAUCGCCGUGGAGAAGGAAUCGAAGGACCCACAUAAGGAUUUUCGUGAUUCCAUGCUCCAAAUGAUCUUGGAGAGAGAGAUCUACACCGAAACCGAUCUUCAGGAGCUUCUCGAGUGCUUCCUUCAGCUCAACGCCACGUGUCACCACCAAGUCAUCGUCGACGCCUUCGUGGAGAUCUGCGAAGAAGCGUUUCCGAGGAAGAAUACGAGUCCUGAAGCGCGUCGCAGGAACCAGAUCAUGCGAAAGAGUCGGUGAACGUGUGUAGGCCACGUGAAGGCAUUGAAUUCUCACGUGCAUGGAAACGUCACGGUUUCAAACUCAUCUCUUCAUUUAUUCAUUUAUCUAACUGUUACGUUAGUGGGGUUGGAACUAGGAAGGAGUUGGAUUAGUUCAAAAUUUAUUGAGUUUUGAGGAAUUUGAGAUUUGAAAUUUGGCUGUGGAACCGAAAGAGGAAAAAUCAAGUAUGAGUAUCCCUGGAGUGAGGAAAAAUCUGUUUCGAAUGAAUAACUUUGAUCUAUUUUAGUGUAAAGCUCCCGUUCAAUUAUGUAAUGCCCUUUCAAUUGAUGACUUUACAACUUACAGUAUAGGUAUAUUAUUCAACUCAUUAAAUGAUAUAACAGUAUAAUUUUUCAUCGUUUGCAAAUAUAUUGAUUAUUUAGUAGAAUUUAAUUUGUGCAAGAUAAUUGGUUAUAUUAAUUCUUCA